UAAAGCCACAACGAGGCUCAGAACAAAACAAAAAGAAAAAGAAAAGAACCGUUUCUUCUGCUAUUUCAUCUUCUUCGUGUUCUUUCCUGUGAACAAGGUCAAAAGCAACCCAAAAAAUAAUAAUCCAAAUUCCACCUCUAAUUCGACUUAGAAAAAAUUGUGUAGCUUCACUAUUUCACGGAUUGAAAGAUCUAUCCUUAAUUAUUAAUAUCCCUUCCUUGCCGACGGUUUAUGCUGUUUUUCCGAUCGAUUUCUCCUCUCCGGUGAGCGGAAAUUUCUUUCAAAAGGAUUUUAUUUAUUACUAUGAAGAGCAGCAGCAGCAAGGUCAAUAUCAACAACGGAGAUAAUCAUCAGACGAGGAACGGUACCAAUGGAUUUUUGCCUAAUUCCCUUAAAUUCAUAUCUUCCUGUAUCAGAACCGCUUCCUCCGGUGUCCUCUCAGCUAGCGCUUCCGUUGCUGCUUCCCUGAACCCCGAUUCCCACGAGCUUAAGGAUCAGGUGUUGUGGUCUUCCUUUGAUAGAUUACAUACAAGUGAAUCUUCUUUCAAGAAAGUUCUUUUACUAGGUUAUGCCAACGGAUUUCAAGUCCUCGAUAUCGAUGAUGCAAGUGAUGUCAGCGAACUUGUUUCCAGGAGGGAUGAUCCGGUUACUUUUCUACAGAUGCAGCCUUUGCCUGCCACUUGUGAAGGAAUCGAAGGAUUUAGAUCAUCGCAUCCAUUGCUUUUAGCAGUUGCUGAUGAAGCCAAGGGCUCAGGUCCUGUUAUCACUGGCAGAGAUGGAUCAGUUAGUAAUGGUUAUGAUGAUCCUCUUGCCCUAUCUCCCACGGCUGUGCGAUUCUACUCACUUAGAUCUCACAAUUAUGUUCAUGUUUUGAGAUUCCGAUCUACUGUCUAUAUGGUCAGAUGCAGUCCCAGGAUUGUAGCUGUUGGCCUCGCUUCACAGAUAUACUGUUUUGAUGCGCUAACUCUUGAAAACAAGUUCAGUGUCCUCUCAUAUCCUGUUCCUCAGCUUGGAAACCAAGGGGUCAGUGUUGGAUAUGGGCCAAUGACUGUCGGACCUAGAUGGUUAUCUUAUGCUUCCAAUAACCCUUUGUCGUCUAGCAUAGGUCGCCUGAGCCCUCAGAAUGUUACUCCUCCUGGAGUCAGUCCAUCUACCUCUCCCAGCGGUGGUAACCUAGUGGCCAGAUAUGCCAUGGAAUCUAGUAAGCAUCUGGCAGCGGGCUUACUCAAUUUGGGUGACAAGGGUUACAAGACUAUAUCUAAAUACUGCCAAGAUCUAAAGCAUGAUGUUCCUGGUACUUCUCUUUCGUCCAGUUCUGGUCGGAAAGUUGGCCGGGGCUCAUCUUCUGCAGAGUCAGAUGUUGCUGGAACGGUAAUUGUCAAGGAUUUUGAAUCCCGAGCUAUUAUAGCACAAUUCAGGGCUCACACCAGUCCAAUAUCGGCGCUCUGCUUCGACCCAAGUGGCACUCUAUUAGUGACGGCCUCGAUCCACGGUAACAAUAUUAAUGUUUUCCGGAUUAUGCCAUCUCCGUCAAAGAAUGGACAAGGCUAUGAUUGGAGCUCUUCCCAUGUGCCUCUUUACAAACUACAUCGUGGCAUGACAUCUGCUAUAAUACAAGAUAUUUGCUUUAGUAGUUACAGCCAGUGGAUUGCAGUUGUGUCAUCUAAGGGUACUUGCCAUAUUUAUGUUUUGUCCCCGUUUGGCGGAGAAAAUGUUGUUGAGAUACGGUGUUCUCAUGUGGAUGGAUUAACGCUUGCUCCAACAUUGUCCCUGCCGUGGUGGUCGAGUCCAUCUUUAAGCACCACCCAUUUUACGUUUCCACCACCAGCAUCGGUAACUCUUUCUGUGGUUAGCCGAAUCAAAUGCAACAAUUUCUUCCAUGCUGCAAAUUCCGUUGUAGGAAAGCCAUCCUUCCCGUCUGGCUGUCUUGCUGCUGUUUUCCAUCAGGCAGUCCCAUCAGAGCCGCAGUCGUCAGCUCUUGCGUUAGACUAUCUACUGGUUUACACUCCAUCGGGUCAUGUAGUUCAAUACAAACUCAUGCCAUCUCUUGGAGGAAGAGGAGGAGGAGAGCAGGCUGAGAGCAGUUCGCGGAUAGGAGCAGCAGUUGAAGAAGAAUUAAGAGUGAAAGUCGAACCAGUUCAGUGUUGGGAUGUCUGCCGGAGAACAGAUUGGCCAGAGAGAGAAGAGAAUAUACGCGGGCUUAUUUUCAGUGGUGGACGUAAAGUUGCAGAGGACAGCGUUAAUGCUUCUGAUCUAGCGAAGCCUCUCGAGAAAAACCACGCUUAUGUUGCCAAUGCAGAGGUUCUAAUAAACUCGGGAAGAAAACCAAUCUGGCAGAACUCAGAGAUAUCUUUCUAUCCAAUGUUUAGACCGGUCACUAGUGGCCUUAAUUAUGGGGAGAUGGAAAUCGAGAAAGUAUCUGCAAAUGAGAUUGAUAUCAGGCGCAAGGAUCUGCUGCCUGUGUUCGAUAAUUUUCACAGUGUGUAUUCCAGUAUGCGCAACAGAGGAUUUCCUGUGGAAAGAGAAUCAGAUUCUUCUUCUUCGUUUUGUGAUCCUGGACAAGUUAAAGGUAUAGCUUACCCUGAGAAUGAAGAAAGAAGCGGAAGUAGUUCCUCCCAUUUUGCACUAACUCCAAACCAAAAUCCUCAUGCCGGAACUGUAACAUUGAAACAACCAGUUGUUUCGGUUUCUUCUGCUGUGAAAGAAACUGAUUAUAGUGUAGACGAUGCUCAUAUGUUGCUAAAGAACGCCUCCCUGCCCGCUGAAACAACAAUUGAAAACAGCAGCGGGACAAGCGGAGCUUCAAAUUUAAGUUCUAACCGUUCUGAUCUGAGCAUGAAUGUAGCGGAUGAAAGUGAGGAUGGACCUAUUGAUGGCUCCCCAAACUUUGAGCAGUUUUUCAAGGAAACUGGUAAAGAAGCAGUGAACAAGAAUACUCCAUCUGAUCAAGGAAAACUAGAUGAUGUUGAUGAUGUUGAUGAUGAUGAUGACGAUGAUGACGACAUGCUUGGUGGUGUUUUUGCCUUCUCCGAAGAAGGUUGACUUUAGUUAAUGGCCAAGCUUUAAUGGAGAAAGAAGACUAAUCCCUUUCGCUGCAACUUACUCACUGGUGGAUCAUCAUACCCUAAAGAAUACAUUCAAAAUCGAUAUACAUUUAUCAUCUGCUUCUGUAAAUUCUUGUAAAUGGAUUAUUUGUUAUCAGCGGUCUCUCUAUUUGCAUGGACUGUUUUCUUAGUUUCUUUGUAAUUCACGUGUAACUUUAUCAAUUCAUCUGGAAAAAAAGAAGAAAAAUCAGGCAAAAAAAUAAAAUUGAAUAAAGAUUUAUUUCGUUUGGG